CACACACAGCAAACCUCACACACAGAAGAUGGGGAGAGAUAGGAGCGAGCGUGCGGCCAGGUGCGCCUUGCUGACAGCUCUUGGUCUGUUGCUCUGCUGCCCGGUGGUUCCGAGCUCGGUGGACGAAGCGGAACCGGACAGCCACACCGAGCACGGCGACUCUCACGGGGGUAACGACACCGGCUUUCAGAUCGUCACCUUUCACUGGGAGCAUGUCCAAGCCCCUUAUGUCAUAGCACUGUGGAUUUUAGUGGCCAGCUUAGGCAAAAUAGCUCCAACAGUGCGGGUGUGUAAUAAUGACCAGUGGUUAAGGAACUGUGAAAAUGGCAUGAAUAGAAUAUUCCCCAUCAAGCUGCUGACCGUUUUGAGAGAGAGGGAGUUGGAUAACACGAGUAGUAAAGGCAGUUCCUUUCCAUGAAGCUUCGAG